AAUUUACGCAGUUUUCCGCCAUGUUGAUAGCAGGAUGAAGAACCACUUGUUUGCCAUCAAAAACUUUCACGAUUAUUAAUACUUAAAACUUGAGAUACGCGAAAUAUUUUACUAGCAGUGAAAGGUUUCUAUUAUAGAGCAUUGUGCUUUUAAUCGACGUUGUACCGUGCGCAACACGUCCCACGCUCCACAUACGACCGCCAUAGUGCUGUACCGAUGAUGAGAAUUCUUAAAUAAGAAAGAGGAUACAGAUGUGAAACAGUUACCAGAAAAAUAUUUACUUUAUAUUUUUUAAACAUUUUCAGAAGCUCAGUUGGUCGAUACUCGUGUAAAAGAAGUCAUUAAUUUGUUUGUACUACUUCCGGUUAACAGUAUGGCUGUCAGUGUGUUGUGACGUACGCGAUAAUGCUUGCAGAAAGCAAGGUGAUAGAUAGGCGGACCUGUCCGCAAAGACAUGCUUGGUUCGUAUGUUUUAUUUGCAGCGAGGUGAUUUCUGUAUUGCAAGAUUUAUUUUAGGAGAAGGUUUUUUUAAAGCGUCGUUAAAUCACUUUCUAUCUGUCACGCUGUCUUAAGAGCAUGAAAAUUAGGCUGUUUACGAAAGUUGGUUAUGCCCAAGUUGGCUGUUGAAGCUGUAUGAGAGAAUAACCAGGAAAUGAUGAUGUUUAACGUGUACGAGGGACAUAGUGCAAAGUUUUUUAAUGCUGGUUGCUGCUGGGUUGCCUGUAAAACACUGUUACUUAUUUCUGUGUAUUUCGCAUUUUCCAUUGGGCUAACGUUUUAUCAGCGAUCUAUUUUACAGGUGCUCAACUUUCCCCUGUCAGUGGUUGUAAGCCAUCUGGUAAUAAAAUUCCUUUUGGCAUGGAUUUCACGGUAUUUAUGGCAGUGUUACACAUCACGGCCAAGGAUUACACUUAACUGGACUUUAUAUAUAACAAAAUUAUGCCCUACUGGAGUUGCAAGUGGACUGGAUAUAGCAUUUUCAAACUGGGGUCUGUCCCUAAUUACUGUGUCUUUGUAUACAAUGACAAAGUCAACCACUAUACUUUUUAUUUUAGGAUUUGCACUCCUCUUCCGAUUAGAGAGUAAGUCUUGGUCUUUGGUUGCAAUAGUUUUGAUGAUAUCAAGUGGUUUAUUUCUUUUUACAUAUAAAGCCACUCAGUUCAGCUUGGAAGGUUUCAUGAUCACUUUGCUUGCUUCAUUCAUGAGUGGCCUUCGCUGGACAUUAGCUCAGCUUAUCAUGCAGAAAUCAGAAUUAGGUCUGUCAAAUCCAGUGGACAUGGUAUACCAUGUACAGCCUUGGAUGAUUGUGUCUGUUCUACCAUUUGCAGUGGCUUUUGAAGGUCAUAGCAUAGCAAGCAGCUGUCACACAUUCCGAUAUCAUAGUGCCGGCCAAAUUCUUCAUUCUGCAGGUAUUGUUCUGUUUGGAGCAAUCCUUGGGUAUCUGAUGGAAAUUGCAGAAUUUUUAGUAGUUUGCCAAACAUCAAGUCUUACUUUAUCUAUUGCUGGGAUUGUCAAGGAAGCGAUGACGCUGUUGCUGGCCAUAUUGUUGGUUGGUGACCGCAUGAGUCCUGUGAACUUUGUCGGCCUGCUGUUGUGCAUGGCAGGUAUAAUGGUCCACACUUUGGGCCGCACAUCGGCGGCUCUACACUCCAGUGGUAACAGGCAGGAUGAAUACCAACUUACUGACAAGCUGCCCCUGCUGUCUGCAGAGGGUGAGACCCAUGUAAAAUUCCUGGUCCAUGAAACCAGUAGCAGUGAAGAUGAGAGUGGUGAUGACUCAAACCAAGUGCUCUUCAGUAUAAAGCAGAGGAGGGACAACCCUGUGAGAUAACCAUUUCUGCUGCUGGUGCAGCAGUACGUCUGUCUGUAUUUUACAGACAUGUGAUUUUAUAUGAGUAUUGUUUGCAUUUAAAAAGACAUGAUCUCUCUUUUAUACCAAGUGUACAUUCUUUUUAGUUGGAAUAAAGAGUUUAUAUACAAAGUAA